UUUUAACAGUAUCGUUUUCACACAGUUGUGAUCAUCACGUACUGUGACGUGAACUGUUGAAAAACUCGACGAAGUCUACUUUUUUUUGGCUAGAGGGAGUAGAGCGAUGCGUGCUUGAACUUGAAGUUGAACCGGAACGUACAAUUAAAAGACUGGCAGUGUGCAUGCAUAGCUCUACUGGUCUGGUGCAUGCUAGUCACUCACCGCUCGCUCACGUCACGGUGGAUCGCAAUUUGGAAUGGAAAGAAAGCAUGUUGCAGCCUGACGUAGUCCCAUAAAUGUGACUGAACAUGCUUGCUGAAAUACUGGACUACUUCCGUAUAUCAGUACGUCACAGAGAGCCACGUACGGCCUGUGAGCGGAGCGUCCCGUUGCUCAUGUUGCUAGGGCGGGAGCCGAAAAUUAAUUAAAGAUCGAAAUUAUUUUGUCAGCAGAAAAUCAACCCAGCUAUUAUAGCUCCAUGGCUAUAGGGGCAAGACACGGCCAAAACCACAAGUCAAGCUUUUCAACAGGAUGACCACAUACAGGAUAGUUGAGGAUUCCUCUGUCAUCGUCUCAACCUAGAUUGGCAAAAAUCCCUAAAAUCAGCGAAAUUUGUUUCUAUCGUGCUGAUGUUAACCCUGCCGCAAUGAAUCCGUACUUAAGGAACCUCCUGAUUUUAACCUUAAUCGGAACCGUGAACUUCUUUGCCUUUAUGUUUAUAUCGGGGCGCUCGUCGCUUCUGUUUAGCAAAUCCCCUAUAGCCACGAAAUCAGCCAUCGCUAGCGAUACUGAGGCAUCACAGAGAACAAGAAUUGACAUCGAGGAUUUAUUCAGGCACGGAGCCCACGGAUAUCAACCACCGAGUGCAAAACAACCGGCGGUAAUCAAGGACACUGAAGAACCCGGGCGAAGUUUUAUCUUCAGAAGCCCGACAAACAUUUCUAGGGUUCUUCCGAAGGAUGACUAUCUGUCAUUUCGGACAUCUUUUAAUACAACACAUGUAGUCCGACAGAUACCUGUAGACUCUAGUGGUCAGAACACAGUCCCGUCACCCGGCAAUUUACUAGCGUUGUACAACCGAGAUGAUUCCGCGCGAGUGAACCCCCACGAUUACCGCCUGAUUUUAGACGAGCCCCAGGCCUGUUUUGACGCCUCGGGGGCCCCAAAGGAGGUCUUUCUAUUAGUGCUGAUCUGCACGAUACACAAGAACUUUGAGCAGCGGCGGGCCAUCCGCGAGACCUGGGGAAGCCCGCGGGAAACUGGUGGCAAGCGUGUCAUUACAAUGUUCCUCCUAGCGUACAACGAGGAUGCCAGGCUUCAGCGCCAGGUGGAGGAGGAGUGCAGCGAGCACCACGAUCUCCUCCAGGAGGAUUUCCAAGACACCUACAAGAACCUGACGCUCAAGACCAUCAUGGCGAUGAAGUGGGCCAGCACGCACUGCCCCCAAGCCUCCUACGUCAUGAAGACAGAUGACGACAUGUUCGUCAGCUACGACAACCUCGUCAAGCAUCUUGCCUCCACCAAAGCCCCGUCGGUCAACCACGCGGAGGGUUUUCUCAUCAACGGCGGCCCUAUCCGGGACCCUAAGAGCAAGUGGUACAUGCCUAAGGACAUCUACCCCGGCGUAAAAUACCCACCGUUCCUCUCCGGAACAGGCUACGUGAUGUCUGGAGACGUCGCCAGUAAGAUCUACGAAGAAUCCCUGGAUCACAAAUACCUCCACCUAGAAGAUGUCUUUGUGGCCAUUUGCUUGGACGCCUUGAAAAUCAAACCCGUCAAGAACAAAGAUUUUCACAACUGGCGCACCGCGUACUCGUAUUGUCGCUUUCGCCGUCUGAUGACCACUCACAUGGUCCAACCCUCCGAAAUGCACCGGAUUUGGAGCGAUCAGCAUCGCCACCACAACAUCAGAUGCUAAGUAAUUUUGCCACGAUAAGGAGGGUCACUGUAAUCGGUAACCCAGGAAGUUUUUGUUAGAUUGGGGCUUAUAGUCUGCUGGUUAAAUCACCUGAUACAAGGUGAUUUCAGAUUAAACAGCAUGGAUCCAUGUUCAUGAACAGUAAGCAUGCAUACGCUUUAGCCUUUUUGAGAUUGGAGGACGCAAUGAGCUCCGUGCGCAAACAAGAGAGGGCGCUUUUUUACCACCUUUGAGAGCCCCGUGAACGGAACACACUGCGUGUGCGUACUGGUUCAUGCAUAUAGCGCGAAGUACAAUGCACAGUGUGCAUAAGUGUGUACACGUACUGUGUGCACAAUUAAUGUGCACAAAGCCAAAGCUUCUUCGCGUGAGCGUCGGGCGUCUUCAGCAAUGUGUCGGCCAAAACUUUUGGGCAACAUUUUGUGAAAAAAAAUUUGAGCCCCCCCUCCCCCCCAAACCAAAUCUUGGGUGCGCCACUGAUCACAUGUUUGAAGGCUCGCCUAGUACCUAUUGCGUGGGGCGCUAUAUGAUCUUUUGCCUACUACUACAAUGGCGACGCUGACUUUCUAGGAGCCGGAUGUAGGCUGGGUCUUGUGGGUCUUGUGGGCUAAGGAUUUCGGGGAACAUCGGUAGUGGGGAACAUCAGCAUUGGGAAACAUCGGGUAGACCCCAGUGAGAGCGCCCUAUAGCAGGGGCAUAUUUGGCGUGGGUGAACUUCUGUGUGUUUUUUUUACCACAAUUUUUCUUACUCCACAUUACGCCCACCUGUUGUGUUUGCCUAAAUCUCAAAAAGGCUAAAAGCCUGUAAACAGAGCCGUUGAAUAUCCCCUUGUAAAAUCCAAGGCUGUGCCACACAAGUUAUUUUUAAACGUUCCGUUCGGCAACUUCUCAUCUGCUAUAGUACAUUUCAUUAGCUGAAAUUUUAGCUCAAAUAAGACUUAGAUACACUUACUAUACCAAUAAAGUUGUAGCGGCUGGGUUGGGCUGUUUGGCUGUCCGAAUGCUGAACAUUUAAAUAUUUCAUCAACUGAAUAUCCGAAAAGCAUUUUUUUCCAAUUCAAAUAUUCAAAAAAUGAAAAGCCUCUACAGUAUUUUGAUAUUGCAUAGUUUUAAUUGUUUGUCCGAAGCCACACUUUUUGUCGAAAGCCAUUUGAUGAAUAGGCCUAGUAGCUCAAAUUUUCUAUUUAAAAAUGGAUGCACGAAAAUCCCGAUCGGAACCAGUUUAGGCUGGCGCAUGUUUGACUCGAUCGGGCUUUUAAAAUUGAAUAUUCGAACAUUCGAUCAUGUCCAAGUUGGAAUAAUCGAAUACCAAUCUGUUCAAAAAUGCGUAGCCACAGUCCAGACUACAAAAAAUGUAUCCAAACACCCCCGAGUCAUGUCUUGCAAUGUUUGUAGACUUGGGCAUUUUAGAUUUUGUGCAAAUAUGAAUAUAUAUAUCAGUUACAUGCACAUCUGGCGAUCCAAAAUUGACACAGGAUUUGUCUAAAAUGUUUAUUAGGUGCAAGAUUUUUUGAGAAAUUCAAGGGGGGAUGGGGAUGUACAUGUAGUAAAAGGACCUGUUUUAUAACUCGGCCAGCUUUUUUUUUUUGGCAACAAAAUAACCAAGCAUUCCCCCAGACCUUGCUCUGUUUGAAGUCUAAAACCGCACACAACCAUUUCCUUAUUGAGGUACAGUACAAUCAUUGACAAUACAUGUAGUUUACAUUUGUUUACGGCACAUGCCAUGUGUACAUGGACCCAUUUUUCUUUUGAACAUUUCGAACAGAUGUUUUCAUUUACAACAAAACUCUGACUGUAGACAUGGUAGAAGGUUACAAAUGUACGUGCGUGUUUCAUUCUGUGAAUUUGGGAGCAACUUUUUUUCCCUGUCCCCGUUUCAUCUGACAUCAGUGAUUUUGCAAUUCUGAUGCACCCCUGAAUGCAGUCGUCCUCCAAGAGUGAUUAUGAAUAGCAAACUACCUACCCAACAAAUAAAACAUCUUUUGAAAUCAUUCAACACGAUACUUGGAAAAUGUACCCUAAAUUUAUAGAAUGACGCACAGACAAGUAGAGUUCAAGGGAUCAAGGAAAGAAAUGCUAAAAGCUUUGAUCAACAAUCACGGCAAAUACAGUCUCUUUAUGAAAAUGUUACUCCGAGGCCUGCCCAGAUUCAGGUGUAUAACAUUGUAUUCAUGAUGAACCGGUACCACCCGACUGGCAAUUUUUAUUCGUUAUAUCCUGUAAAUGUAGCUGUAGUGUGUACGUGUAUGUACAUGUAAAAAUAUUAUAUUUUUAGCUUAUUGCUUUUUAAUAACUGCUGGCGGUAUACAUGUAUGUAUACAUACAUGUACAUGUUCAAUAGACAGUGGCCUACCGGUACAUAACAGUACAUGUAUUUCUGAACCACAUCUUUUCCAACUAACACCAUGUAUACAUUAUGUGUAACUACGUACAUGUACAUGUGUACGUACUUUUACAUAAUUAUGCUUGUAUGGUACAUGUACAUGUACAUGUACAUGUACAUGUAUGUGUACCGUAUACAUACUGUACAUACAUGUAUAUACAUACAUACAUACAUGUACAUUGUAGGUGUACACACAGCAGCAUAGCCAUUCUCACCAUAGGGGGUGAGUGGGGGCACAGGACGGGCACUAAAUUUCUUUUAAACCUGUUAACCAUGGUCACUUAUAAGAUGGAGCUAUAAGACUUACACAUUUCCAGUUGGGGGGAGGGGGGGGGGAGGCGGGUAGGCGGGCGAACAUGUUGUACGUGUACAUGUAUAGUUUUAAGUCAAGACUUAAAAGUGUGUAGACAAUCAACUUGAAAGAAAUACAUGUACAUUGUACAUGUACAUCUACUAACACAGGAUACAUGUACGAUUCAAUGUACAGUCGCCUCUCGUUUAUACAAACUCGGUUUGAAGAGGGCGAGCGUCAGUCCCAUUCGUUGUUCACAUAAAUGCAAAGUUGGGACCCAAUGCCAGAUGUUCUCUACAUGUACAUGUGCAUGUUUAUAUCCAGAAUUCGUAUUAAUUAACCGAGUUUUUAAACGAGAGUUGACUUACAUGUACAUGUGUUUCUUUGUAUGUCCUACAUGUAUAAGUAUGUACAAGUAUUAAGACAGAUUUUAAAAUAUUUAAAAGAUUAUAGUUUCAAUAUGCAAUGUAAUUUCCACCUUUGUAAAUCAAGAAUGUAGGCAGGAUACAGUACAUGUAUAUGUGAUUAUUUUGCUGAUAAUUUACAACAACAAUUGGAUGUCAACUACUUUGCCAAGAGUAAUUUUGUCCAGAGUUGGUUGUUUUAAUUGCAAAAGCAGCGAUACAUUUGGGCAGUGUUAUUGGAAAUAGGAUGUACGCUAUGUACAAUGUAAGUACGCUAAAUAAUAUACUGAAUGUUAUUUAUUUUAAUACGAUACUUGUGGCACAUGACUUGUUCUUGAUUUGACUUGUCAUUGUUCCUCUUGUUGAUGACUUCCUGGUCAAAAGGUACAUGUACAUGUAGUCAUUGAUUUUAAAGAUUGUAAUUUUUAUGUCGAGAUUUUCACCCUGUAGUCAUUGUAUUCUUAAAUCGCCAGCAAAUACUGGGAAGCCCUGUCUGUUGUACAUAUAUUGGUGAGACAUCUGCACUUGUAAACAAGAGGUAGUGGGUUCGAGUCUCACCGGUGAUUGUGAAGUUUUUACCCCACAAGCUGCCAACCAUGCAAAAAUGUGUGAGUAAAAGGGUUGAAAAUUAGCAUUUUAACAGGGAAUGUACAACAUUUGCUUUUGCUGCAAUUUUCAGAAAUGAAUGGAUUUGGAGGAUUAGUAUGUUACAGUAAAUUUUGUUAAAACCGACUUAUUUCACGGUUUGGGCUUUAAGAUGCUAGAAAAACUAAGAAAACCUAUUAUGUUCUUGUGGUCUGGUUCCCUGACCCCACUUAAGAUGAAAUGGAGCAAUUAAUACACUUUAAGGAAUUGUAAG